AUGGCCAACAUGCAGCUAAAAAUAGCUUCUCAAGUACGACUUAUUUAUGAAAAUGAUGACUAUGCUGAAGCAAAGUCGUACUUGAAAGCUCUUAGUCGGUGGCAUGAACGGUGGGCUCUAGCAUAUUUAAAAGAAUAUUUUUUUGCUGACAUGUCAUCAACAAAAAGAGGGGAAUCGAUAAAUAGUUUGUUAAAAAGGUUUAUCGAUUGUAAAACAAGGCUUACAGAAUUUUUAGCAGCCUUUAAAUGUGCACUUAAUCUCUGUGAAGAGGCUGAGCAUAUUUCUGCCUAUAAUGCGAAAGAUGCAUAUGCAUGCAAAGAAAUAACUGAUUAUGAUGAUGUGCAUUGUUUCAAAUUGUCACGUUAUGAAAGGCCUGAUGUUAUACAUCAGGUUUACUAUGAUAGUCAUGUACUUUCUUGUUGCUGCCGUAAUCUCGAGUUUGCUGGGAUACAAAAAGAUCUUCCCGAGUUGGAGCUUGCAAAAGAUUAUGUUAAUUUUUAUAGCCGUUCUCAAUUACAAACCUCAGGAAUUUUAGCAUCACAUGAAUCAUCUAGUAAAAGUGACUCUUGA